AUGAAACCACCACCUGGGUGUGUUCUGCCAAGACCAAAUGCAGUUUGUCAUCUUCGAAAAUCUCUUUAUGGCUUAAAACAGGCUCCCCGAGUUUGGUUUGACAAAUUUCGAUCCAUGAUUCAAGCUGCGGGCUUUUCUCAGAGUUCUUUAGACUUUUCUUUGUUUCUUCGUACUUCUCCAGUAGGUAUCACAAUACUUCUCAUCUAUGUUGAUGAUAUCAUUAUCACAGGAAAUGAUCCAGAGAAUAUUACUAAGUUGAAAGAAUUAUUGCAUACCUUAUUUAAGAUGAAGGACUUGGGACGACUAACAUACUUUCUUGGACUUGAGGUUCUACACUUGCCUACUGGGAUCAUGCUUACACAACAAAAGUAUGCUCGUGAUCUUGUUACAAGGGUUGGUCUUACUGAUGACAAGGUUGUGUACACCCCAAUGGAGAUUAAUACGAAGUACAAGGAGGUUGAUGGAGAACCAUUCAAUGAUCCAACAUUGUAUCGGCAGUUGGUGGGAUCAUUAGUUUAUCUCACUAUGACAAGGCCAGACAUCUCAUAUGCAGUACAAGUUCUAAGUCAAUUUGUGGUUAAUCCUUACCGUAUACAUCACACUGCAUUACUUCGUGUCAUUCAAUAUGUUCGUGGUUCUAUGAGUCAAGGUGUUCUUUUUCGUUCUGAUUCUUCUAUACAUCUUGAAGGAUAUACUGAUGCAGAUUGGGCUGGUUCUCCUAAUUCUCGCCGCUCUGUUACUGGUUGGUGCAUGUUUCUUGGCACAUCCUUGAUAUCUUGGAAAUGUAAGAAACAGUCCCAUACAUCUAAAUCAUCUACAGAGGCUGAAUAUCGUGAUAUGUCGGCAGCAAGUUCGGAAAUUGUUUGGCUACGACGGCUAUUAUCUGAGCUCAGUGUCGCUUUUACAUCUCCUACAGUGCUACAUGUUGAUAACACUAGUGCGAUUAAAAUAGCCACAAACCCGGUGCAACACGAAAACACAAAGCAUAUAGAGGUGGACUGCCAUUACAUUCGAGAAUUGGUUAUCGAUCGUCUCAUCACUCUACAACACAUUCCUUCUCAUGAUCAACUUGCUGAUUUGUUUACAAAGGCGAUGACACGAGCGCGGCAUCAAUAUCUUAUCUCCAAAUUGCUACUUUGUGAUCACCGGUAUCAAUUGAGGAGGAUGUUAGGAAAAGCUAUAAUUGUAUAG